AUGCCGGACAAGGACAUCACUAGGAGGACCUGGGCUCUCCAGGCCCAUUUGGUGGCUGGAGCAAUGGCCGUCAUGGACAACGAGGACCUGUCAGCAUAUUUCUGCAUGCACUACAAAAAGAACCUCCUGCCGCUGCUCACGAAAUUCAAGCAAACAGAGGAAGACUCUCUGUCUCCAUCUAUUCGCCUCCAGCAGAAGAAAAAACAGGCCAGACUGAUUCAAAAAGCUCUGGAUGCAAAGGAAGAGGCCUUCAAGGUGAGGAUGGAAGCCAUAAACUGUCGGCGGAGGGAUCUCCAAGCCAAGGAGGCUCAGCUGAAAGUUUACACGCAGAAAUUUGAGAAGUUCAUACAGGAAAAUGACGAGAAGCGAAUCCGAGCUCUAAAGAAAGCAAGCAAGGAAAGAGAGAUGAAGAUUCAGAGGGAGAAAGAGCUUUUCAGAGCUAGGAGGGAACUGGAAGCCCUGAAAAAUAAGCACCAGAAAAUCUACAAUGCCCUGCAGAAGUACUCCAUCUUCAACAAGUACCUGGAGGAUGUGGUGAAAGUCUCAGAGUUUGAAGAGAUCCGGGAAGUCAUCGGGCGCCACAAGACGCUGAUGAGAAUGCACGAGGACCUGCUGCAGGCAGCACAGGUGCGCAUGGAAAUGAUUGAGAAAGCCAAAGUGCUCCUGGCCCAGUACACUGAGGAGAAAGAAGACAAGAUCCUGCAGCACAACAAUGAGUUGGCACAGCUCCAAACACGUUUUGACCAGGCUCACAGUGAUGUCCUCAUCUGGGAGUCUCACUGGGCCCACAUCCAGAACACGGCUGCUGAGAAAACCCUUAUGCUAGGCACCAUCAAGAUGGCCACCCUCAACCUCUUCCAGUGUGUGAGCAAGCAGCUGAAAGAGAGCCUGAAUGUGCCAGUGGAGGACACUCACAGACAGCUGGACAUGAUUCAGCAGUUUAUCCAAGACCUCACAGACAUCUGUAUGGAGGUUAAAAGGAAGGACUAUCUUAGCCGCCAGCAAGCAGCUACGCUUUGA